ACUCAAAAGUUCGAUGCACUUCACAUGGGUAUUUGCCGUUGAGAAGUGCAAACACGCGCCGCGCAUCCGUUGAAGCAAAUCUAUCGCACGCCUCUUCCAAGCCAGCAAUCAUGCCGUCAGGACAGGGUGCCGGGACCAACCCCAUCCACAACAAGAAGCCGAAGAAGGCGGCCAAAGAGGAGGACGAGGAUGACAAGGCACACAAGGAGAAGCUAGCUGCUGACAAGAAAGCGAGAGAGGAGAUGGCCAAGAAGGCGUCUGGCAAGGGCCCGAUGAACACCGGCCAGCAGGGCAUCAAGAAGAGCGGCAAGAAAUGAGGGAGAGCGGAUGGCGCGUAGCGAUGGGUCACGGCCGAUGGCGAUGAGAUGCGAAGGCAGUGAGGUGUGGCGGCAGUGAGCGUAGAGACAGCGUCAGGGUGACGGGAAGCAUGAAUUUGAUACUCCUCAGCUGCAUAUCUACUCAAGAACAUUCACAUUACCCUCUGACUCACUAUCAUGCGGUGAUGAAGCUCUUGAACCACAUGUACAGCACGCAACGCAGAGUGACGUGUACGCAAUCAACACAGCACAACUCCUGCCCCAAGCAACAUGAAAGCACGACAUCCACGCAAAAGCAAACCCUUCUCCAGCCCCCAGCAACUGCAAAGCAGUGAUGCCAAAGACAACUGAUGAAAGGGACACAUCAAAAAUUGCACCGCCCAGGGCCCCGUGGGACGCUGGUGGCGCCCCUGCCCACGAUGUGCAAUGAGGCAGAAGGGCGCCAGGAAGAUGAGCGUUCGGGAGGGCUCACUCCACAGCAAG